AUGACGGCUAUUGGUAAUAUAGAUGAUGCACUUCCAGCCAAUACAGCCGCAAGUAAUGAAAAUAGCAAAACUAGGCUAAGAGUCCAAAAAGCUUGCGAGCUUUGCAAAAAGAGAAAAGUCAAGUGCGAUGGCAACAAGCCAUGCAUAAACUGCUCUAAACACCAGAAAGAAUGCCGUUAUGAUUUCAAAGCAACAAACCGUCGAAGAAGAAGGCGACAAGCUACGUCACCCAUACAGAACAUUAAUAAAGAAUAUCCCGAGGCCGAAGGUGUUUUCUCUAGAGAUACGUCAGCAAAUUUAAACGUUCCUUCAGACUGCCUAUCCUCGUCUGCUGGAAACUCUCCAUAUUCCAAUUCACAUUACUCUAAUUUACAAUCCACAAUACCAUUUAUGAGUGUUAGGCCAAAUCGUGCUUCCCACACCUUCAAUUCCACAGUCAAUGCGAAUGGUGAUAAUAACACAAAUGCCUUUGUUGAGGAUCACAUGGCUAAGCUAUUAUUACAGUUAGGCUCGAAGCUGAAAAAUACUGCGAAUGAAUCGUCCAAAGUCAACAAAAACAGUGAUAAUAAUGUGAACACAAACUUGGCGACAAUAAACGUGGACAGUAAUCAAGCAGGAAAUACGUCUAACCGCAAAUACGAUAUGCGUAGUUCUUCAGAGACCCUUGAUAGUAACAACAUUAACUCUGAGAAAGACGAGAUGCUCAACUCUCAAAUAACGAGCAUAGUUAAUGGCCAUGUUGAAUCACCCUGGCAGACGUUUUCUUUAGAUAAGUAUAGGUUCCACAGACGCUACCAGAAUAUAUUACCCUAUUAUCUUGGUGCAUCUAUUUUGAAGGAUAUAUCGCCGCAGGCGAUUGAAUAUGCAAACUUAAAGCGCCCAAGAGUCCAAAACUAUGGUUGGAAUUUAUCUGGUGGCCAUUAUCUGAAAUACAAAGAAGACUUUAGAAGGCAGGAUAAAUUCAUAAGGCAUGAAUCCAAGUUUUUCAACUUUGAUGACCCUGUUCAUUUAUCUUUAGUCAACAAAUUAUUAAGGUAUUAUUUUGAUGAAAUUAAUCCUGUUUUCAGUAUCAUUCACGAAGCAACAUUUUGGCAACAAUACAAGAAUAAGUUUUUGCGACAAGGCAAACAAAAUAACUCAUCCGCGAAGUUAUUUACCUCGAUACUUUAUCUCAUACUGUCUACUACACUACGGUUUAAAGAGGGUCACCUAGAUAACCAGGAAGGAGAAGAAAAGCAUAGCGGUUCCUCCUUUAAUGGCACUUUCGAAGAGGAAUCCGUUUUGAACAAAAAACCAUUCAUAGAGGAGAUGAUGUUCGAAUAUGCCUAUUCUAUAAUUAACACGUUGACCUUUGAAUGGGAGUCAUUUGAAUUGAUACAGUCCUGGCUUUUAAUCGCGUUCUAUUUUAGGACCUGUUAUAGACAAACAGCGUGUUGGAAUGCCUUAAGCCAAGCAGUAAAUAUGUGUAAUGGAAUGACAUUAUAUUUGAACAAGUUCCCUGAAAUUCAUUCCACGUACGAUGAAUCAAAAGCAUGGCAUUGUUUUUGGUGUUGUUUCAUAAUGGAUAAAUUAAUCAGUUUCCAAACGGGCCGGUUUUACCAGUUGUCAUUACCUGUAAGUGAAAUGUUCGAACAAAUGAAUUUAGUAAAGUCAAAGAAAUUUUUACAAGAUGAAGAUGACUGGUUCCAUAAAGAAACCUUCCAAAUGCUAGACCUAUCCAUAAUAGUAACAAGGUUUUUAAAAAGGGACGCUCAAGAUUUAAACUUAAGCGAGACUAUUCAACUACGGGGUCAACUUGCUCAGUGGUACAAUACUUUUAUGACAGAUAAGGAUAUUAAUACGUAUGAUAAGAAUUACCACGGGUUCUACCAGCUUCAACCGCUCAUGACAUACCUGGACAUAAGUCUAACUUUUGAAAUUAGACAAUUAUUCUGUUUAGUAGCUCCUUCCUCUAAUGCAAAUGGUAAAUCCUUAGACUAUGCAGUGGACACCCAAUUACUAGUGUCCCAUUGCCAAAUGGCUGCUGACAACCUGACUAACAUUACAAAAAGGAACCUAUUCUUCGUUCCCUGGUGGCUAAACCUGUCACAAUUAUUCACAGUAAAUUUAAUUUGUAUCAUCUAUAUGCACGCAGGGAUCGCCGUCACACAAAGUAAAGCUAUCAUGCAAGGUUGCAAUCAAAUUUGGCGAACUAUAGAUAGUUCCAAGCCUAAAAACUCUCCCGCAAUGCUCCCUGAAUGCUUAUGGUGUUUGAAAAUGUUGAACCAUAUGUUCUGUAUUCGAUUGAGGGAUUCUGCCUUGCAAUUAGAAUCUUCGCUUGGUACAGAUCAUGGCGAUGAUACCCCUAACAAGAACAAAUUUGAGCAAUUCAAGAAGGUCGGCGAUCAGGAUGCGGAUGAUGAAGCUGAGAUAGACGAAGGAGGAGAAGAGAACGCAGAUGAGAGACAAGAAAAUCCGCUCAAGCAUAAUCGAAAAGUACCCCCAUUGACAACAAGAUCUCAUAAUAUCACUACCUUGAACGCCUCAGUGGGGAUUUCUCCAGAAAAUGGUAUACCAAAUUCUGUUAAAAAUUCCGGGUUGCCUUCUGAUGUUCUUGAUGCAAGCAAUAAUAUAAGAGACUCUACCGACGUUUUCGAUGAUGAUCUAUUUUCUAAUUUGCUAUGGUUUGAUCAAAAUUUUGCCUGA